CAAUUUUUUUUCUUUUUAUAUGCAUAAUUUGUUUUAUUGCUAAAAUGGAACAGUAAAUCUAACUACGCUUUUAGUGGGUCUGUAUUGUUUUAGAGAUCUAGCAUCGGAAAACGGCGAUUUUCCCGGAAAAAUCGUAAUGGGAUUUCUUGAUUCCUGAGAAAAUCUCCUGUCGGAUGUGUCUCCGAGGAUGCUACAAACAAACCCACUUCAAGCAAAAUUAGCCUCUCCUCCUCAGUCUCGUCAAAAAAUAGUUCUUUUCUUUUUCUUUUUCUUUUCUUGGGUUUAUUUAUUUAUUUUUUUGUUAGCUAUUUUACAGUCAAAUGGCAAUGCAAUAUUGCACUAUUAGGAUGAAUCUUUAGUAUUUUCUCUGAAUCUCACAAAAAAAAAAAGAAAAAGAAAAAAAAAGAGUUUUUAUGAAAUAACAUGGUGGUGGUGGUAUUUGAUAUUUCAAAAAAGUACUUAUUUCUACUAAAUCUACUAUUAUCCCAUUUUUUUUUGUUUCCAAUAUCUAUCCGAAAAAAUAAAUGAAAUAAUGAAACAUUUUUAUUGUUAAUAAAAACGUUCUAUGUUAUCAGAGUUAAAGGGGCUGGAUUUCAGAACACUAUAACCCCUGCACCUACAUGCACAGAGAGGCUCUAGAAUCCCAGAGAAAAAAAGCAGAGAAUUUUCAACCAUUCAAUUUUUUUUAUUUUUUUAUUUUUUGGGUUUUUUCAGCGUCCUUCCAAAUUUGCCAAACCAUCUUUAAAGUCUUCCAAAAAAUCUGGUUUCUUUCAGUCAGGAAACGUUUUCAUCGAUUUAUGCUCCAUAACACGUCACUUGGAAGAUUCAAAUCACUCCGUACCAAACCUGUUCUUGCAUGCAUUUACUUUUCAACAUCCAUUUGGCAAUCAAAAUUUUUUGUUUUCAUCUUCUGGGUUUUGCUAUAAAUUCCCAGUUUGGUUCUUCAUCUUUUCGCAUUCACUAAGUAAAGCCUUCAAAGUGGUAGUUUACUCCUUAAACACUGCUCUCAGUUUUCCUCUGUUUUCUUUCUAUCUCUUUUUGCUGUUCUUGAGAGAUGGCUAAGAUUACCACAAUUUUCUCAUUGAAAAACUUGUUUGUGCUGUCAGUAGCUCUGAAUGUGAGUUUGAUUUUGAAGGUCUUUUACCAAAGUGAAAAGCAGGUACCUGUUGGCGUUUCCACUGAGGAACAGAAAGCUUCUUUAACGGCGGACAGUGGGUAUCAAAAAGAAGCUGAUGUAAACCAGAAAACCAUUCAGUCUUUGUCAACUUCCUCUUCUUCAGCUACUAUUAGUCUUGCAGAGAUUGAAGACGGCGGUGAAAGAAUUAUCAACCUGGACCAUGGAGAUCCAACAAUGUAUGAAAAGUAUUGGAAACAAAUGGGAGAGAGAACCACCAUUGUCAUCCCUGGAUGGCAAUCUAUGAGUUACUUCUCAGAUGUGAAAAAUCUGUGCUGGUUUUUGGAACCUGAGUUUGGAAAGCAAGUGGUGAGGUUGCACAAAGUGGUUGGUAAUGCUGAGACAGAUGGUAGGCAUAUUGUGGUUGGAACUGGUUCAUCUCAGCUCUAUUUGGCUGCGCUUUUUGCUCUCUCACCAGCUAAUGCUUCCCAACCCAUGAGUGUAGUUUCUGCUGCUCCUUACUACUCGUCCUACCCUUCCAUGACCGAUUGCUUGAAGUCCGGUUUGUAUAAAUGGGCCGGUGACGCUCGGAGUUUCAACCAAGACAGUCCGUAUAUAGAGCUUGUCACAUCCCCAAACAACCCAGAUGGCUUUGUCAGGCAUUCCAUGGUGAACAAAACUGGAGGCACAUUGAUUCAUGACCUUGCUUAUUACUGGCCACAAUAUACACCAAUUUCCUCCCCUGCUGAUAAUGACCUGACCCUCUUCACCGUGUCGAAAACCACUGGACACGCAGGCACACGCAUUGGGUGGGCUCUAGUGAAAGAUCCUCAGGUGGCCAGAAAAAUGACCAAGUUCAUAGAGCUUAACACCAUUGGCGUGUCCAAAGAUUCACAACUCCGAGCAGCUAAGGUUUUGAAAGUGGUAGCGGACAGCUGCGAAAAAACCAGAACCAGCUCAAGCUCGGAGUACAAUGAAUCUUUCUUCCAGUUCAGCUACCGUGUCAUGGAUCAGAGGUGGCAGCAACUCAGGGAGGUUGUGAACUCCAGCAGCGUUUUCAGCCUGCCUGAUUUUCCUCCUGACUUCUGCCACUAUCAUGGCCAGGUUUUGGAGCCUCGACCUGCUUUUGCAUGGCUGAAAUGUGAGAGAGAAUUGCAAGAUUGUGAAAGUUUUCUUCGAGGGCAUAAGCUUCUGACCAGAGGAGGAAGACAUUUUGGGGUUGAACCAAAGCAUGUGAGGAUAAGCAUGUUGGAUAGGGAUGACAAUUUUAGAUUGUUUUUGAAGAGGUUGUCUAUGGUCCAACCAUGAUGAUCACUGAGCUAAUCCUUUCUUGUGCAAUUCUCUCACAAGUUCCAGAGAUUUCCUCCAGGCAGCUGGGUUGGUGGGGAUGGGAGGGCACUGAAAAAAACAAAAAAACCCAAAAAAAAAAUAGAAAAUACAACAUUAAUGUUUAUUCAUAAUCUAAUUAAUUUAUAACAUCCUUUCUAAAUAAUGAUUUUUUUUUUUUUUUUUUUGGUUUUACUAUAGGUUUAUUGUAUUUAUUUAUUUUUGUAGGGAGAAAAUAAAUAAGUAUAUGCAGCAUGUGUAAAAAAGUUAUUGAAUAUAUAUAUAUAUAUAUAUAUA